UAAUGUUUAUUUGGCCAUCCAGAUAAGGCAGAGCAUUGCAAACCUCGCAGGUUGUCCACCAGAACACGAAUAACCAUGCUCUCCAUUUUUUUGUUGUAUCUGAUUUGAUGAGGCCGAAUAAUAAAGGCCCAAUUGAGGAAAUCAGAAGAUCGAGGAGGGUGAGGGCUGUUCCAGCCUUCCAGGUAUUGGAGGCACUCUAUUGGGCAACUGGGCAUAGCCAAAAGAGGUGGUCAGCCGAUUCUGCUUGAAGUAUGAGGCAAGGACACCGAUUGACAAGAUUGAAGCCGCUUCUUUUUUAGCGUGUCCUGCCUCUGAACCCAUUGCAAUUGGAUGAGGUAUGCCAGUGUUCGAGCAUGGGGAGGAGGGAAAGUAGCCCAUAUGGCCCGUUUCGGGAACCAUGCUGCCGACGAAGGAAGAAAGCUUCAUAAAUCUUGUGAACAGAAAUGGAGCCGCGCUUGUUAGUGCACCAUGCCAGUAAUUGAUGGAUCAACAUAUGAUUUUUUUCUUUUUUUUUUGUAUGGUUUUAGUGCCGAAAUCCAACCUCUGCAGAGGUGGGAAGCAUCACGAGAACGAGUUGUGAGGAACAAUCUUAGCUCUGCUGCAAGAAUGAGAGCUCCACGAUGGGCAAGUGUCAACUUAGGGAUCUUUAUCUGUAUCCAGUGUUCAGGAAUACAUCGAAGCCUUGGUGUGCACAUAUCAAAGGUGCGUUCUAUUACACUUGACACGUGGCUUCCAGAUCAGGUUGCUUUCAUUCAAUCAAUGGGAAAUGAAAAGUCAAAUAGUUAUUGGGAGGCAGAAUUGCCUUUGGAUUUUCAGAAGCCUGGACUUGAGAGCUUUAUCCGUGCAAAAUAUGUAGAGAAACGAUGGAUUCCAAAGGAGGCAUCAAAUGCAUCCCAGACUUCAAGCACAGAUAGCCUUUACAUUCACCAAGAGCCAGGAAAAGAUGAAAGAGGCAGCAUCAGCGUCUCUGACCACGCAGUUAUUUCUCCUGCGGAGAGAGAGACCCAGAAAAGUACACCUGAGAAGUACUCGUCUGAAACUAGUGGAAAUUCUCAGCAGCCUUUUCAUGACUCAAAGUUCAACCCGUUAUCCUCUAAGGACCAUUCAACCAGUUUGGCAACCGAGAAGCCUAAAGCAUCUUCUCAGUCAACAGAGGUUCAUAAUGAUCAUCACAGGGCAUCCUCAACAGGGGAUGAUAUGAACCUGUCUUCAACGACCAAUGGUUGGGCAUCAUUUGAAUCUGUAGCACCCUUUAAAGCUAAGGUCUUGAACCCAAGGCAAAGGAAGGUGGAUCCCCUGGCAGAAUUAGACGAGCUGCUCGAGUAUUCAUCUGCAAGAACAUCUGUUGAAGAGCCUGUGGAUAUCAAGGAGGUAGAAGAUUUUGGAAAGCCACUGGUGGACUCGUCCACCAUGUGCCAGCUUCCUCGUCAGAACUCUCCACCUAUGUGUACAGGAGGAUCUCAUGGGCAUAUUUUUGCGACUAAUGGAAAGUGCUUAGAGUUGAGCCCAGAUGGCCAUUCAGCUGGUUUUAGUGGAAGCAGAGAAAUCCAAGGUCUUGGCAUAGCAUCACCAUUAUCAUCACCGAUAAAUGUUCCUUGCUGCAAUUGUCAACAUGGUUACAAUAAGGAUCAAAAUUUCAGACAUCAGGAUCCGAAUUUCAAACUGGCAAGUCCACCCCACCUUCACGCAGUGGGUGUUGCUCAAAGCUCCACUAGGGGCGUGGUAGCGAAAUCCAAUCCGCCUAAAGUCAAAGUGCCGGUCUUAUUUCCACCUACAUCAGGUCAUCCUAGUGAUUCUCGGAACUCUAAAUCCGGUGGUGGCAGUCAUGACCUAUCGUCGUAUGCAAAGGUCUACUUCAAAAAUUUCAGGACAUUCUAACACGGCACGCAUUCAACGGAACGUUCACGUUGUUGUAUCACUUGAGCAAAGAGUGUAAUUUCUUUUGGCCUCUGGUGGUAGUUUUGUAUUUAUUUUGACUUGAUCUCUUCCAUCAUUUUCAUAAGCUCUUUGUGAAUGAAUAAACUGUUUUCUCUGGU